CCCCAUCGCGACACGCUAGGGUUUCGCCUGAGCUCCACGAGCAAAACCCUAGCGCGCUCAUGACGGCCGCCUUCUUCCCCUCUCCCUCAGCUGCUGCCACGACACUAAGUCACCCUCCCACCAUCUCCACUGCUUGGUCGAUCUGCCUUCCACCGAAUUCCCUUUUAAGCUCGUCGGAAUUAAGAAAGAAGAGUGGGUUACCUAUUGAAACCCUAGUCGCCACCGGAGUUGAGGAGGAAAAGCGUGGGGAGAACUCGGCGCUGACCAUGGACUCGGCGGAGAGCACGGCCGCCGCCGCCGCGCGCGCGCCCAACGGAGCCGCCCGGGCCGUCGACGACUACGACGACGACGACGAUGCCGUCCCCGAGGUGGCCGCCUGCAUAUCGGCGAUGCUCGACCUCGGGGGCAGCGUGGAGAGCAAGCGCCUCUUCCUGGCCCGCCGCACAGCGCUGGAGAUGCUCCGCGACCGCGGGUACGCCGUCCCGGAGGACGAGCUCGCCCGCACCCUCCCGGAGUUCCGCGCCUGGUGGGAAGACAAGCCGGAGCUCGAACGCCUCGCCUUCUCCACUACCCUCGCCUCCGACCCAUCCAGCAAGGUGAAAGUUGUGUUCUGUCCACCUGAACCUGUCAAAAUCGCGGCUAUCCGGGUGGUAUAUACUGGAGUUAAAGAUGAGAACUUGUCCAGACUGAUUCUGAUCCUCCAGGGCAGAAUAAUGUCUAAAGCCAGAGAAGCUAUCAAGGAGAUCUUUCCAUAUAAAGUUGACACGUUCCAGAUCACGGAACUACUGGUGAACAUCACUAAGCAUGCCCUCAAGCCCAAGCAUCAAGUGUUGACUGCUGAGGAGAAAGCCAAGCUCCUGAAGGAGUACAAUGUGGUGGAUUCACAGCUGCCUCGCAUGCUGGAGAAUGAUGCUGUUGCUCGCUAUUAUGGACUAGGCAAGGGAACUGUUGUUAAAGUUAUAUACGACAGCGAGCUUACCGGGAACCAUGUGACAUACCGAUGCAUUUUCUAAGGGGCCCAUGCAUUUCGGUGGAUGAGGUCUCAUAAGCAGUUUGUAAAAAUUACCUCUCAGAGGGGCAGGUGAUACUGUUCUGCUAGGGCAGUGUAAACCCCUAAUAAUGUAGGAUGAAGCUUGCUGUAAGAUAUUGGUAAAACCAUCUUGUGCCAAGUUACCUAAGUGCUUGGUAUUAAGCUUGGAAGCAGUAAGACAACUAAUUUUUUAGUAAGUCAUCUCUGUCA